AAUUAUCUUUUCAUCAUCCUUAAGUGGGUGGCUCUUCUCCGAAGUAUUCGUCAGAGAGACGACCCACAAGCAGAAAAGACUCUUCAUCCAUCCAUGGUUUCUUGUGAUCCAAACACCCACAGAGAGAAAGACAGUCAGAACCCAGAAGAAGAGGAGAGUCGGUGUUCUUUUGGAUUCUGAUUAACAAUCCUUAGUAUCCAUCCAAGGUUUCUUGUGCACCAAACACCCGCAGAGAGAAAGACAGCCAGAACCCAGAAGAAGAGGAGAGUCGGUGUCCAUUUGGAUUCUGAUUGACAAUCCUGAGGGUUUUCGGGCAACCGAAAUGGAGGGAGAGAUGAAGAAGAAGCUGCUGAACAAGGAGGACAAACCAGGAGGAGAAGUGGAAGUUGAAGAAGAAGGGCAGCAGAAGAUCAAGGAGAAGGUUUGGGGAGAGACAAAGAGGCUUUGGAUUGUUGCAGGGCCCGCUAUCUUCACUAGAUUUUCGACGUUCGGCAUAAACAUCAUCAGCCAGGCGUUCAUCGGCCAUAUCGGCCCGACUGAGCUUGCUGCAUAUGCCCUUGUUAUCACUGUCCUCUUGAGGUUUGCUAAUGGCAUCCUGUUGGGCAUGGCGAGCGCCUUGGAAACUCUAUGUGGACAAUCCUAUGGUGCAAAGCAGUACCAAAUGCUAGGCAUAUAUCUUCAAAGAUCAUGGCUAGUAUUGGGCGUAACAUCACUCUUUCUUCUCCCAGUGUUCAUUUUCACCACCCCGAUUUUGAAGGCUUUAGGCCAGGAAGAGGAGAUUGCAGAAGUUGCUGGAUACGUUUCUCUGUGGCUAAUCCCAGCUAUGUUUGCCUUCAUUGUGUCCUUCACCUGCCAAUUUUACCUACAAGCGCAGAGCAAGAACAUGAUAAUAGCCUAUUUGGCAGCAUUUUCCCUCACUAUCCAUGUGUUUCUCUCCUGGCUUUUAGUAGUAAAGUACCAGCUUGGACUCCCUGGUGCAUUGUUGUCCACAGUCCUGGCGUAUUGGAUCCCGAAUAUCGGUCAACUCAUGUUUAUUUUGUGUGGAGGAUGUCCUGAAACUUGGAAGGGUUUCUCAUCCUUGGCUUUCAAGGAUCUCUGGCCUAUAAUCAAGCUUUCCCUAUCAUCUGGUGUCAUGGUCUGUCUUGAGCUAUGGUACAACACAGUGUUGAUUCUACUAACAGGAAACCUGAAAAAUGCCCGGGUUGCCAUAGAUGCUCUGUCUAUCUGCAUUAACAUCAAUGGUUGGGAAAUGAUGAUCUCUCUUGGUUUCAUGGCGGCCGCAAGUGUUCGCAUCUCAAAUGAGCUUGGAAGGGGGAGCUCAAAAGCUGCAAAGUUUUCAAUUGUGACGACAGUGAUUACAUCCUUCUCUAUAGGAUUUGUACUAUUUAUAUUCUUCCUCUUCUUGAGGGGACGCCUCGCAUACAUUUUUACAGAUAGUCAAGACGUUGCUAAGGCGGUAGCAGAUCUGUCUCCUCUAUUGGCUUGCUCCAUUCUUUUGAACAGCGUUCAACCAGUUCUCUCCGGAGUUGCUGUUGGGGCUGGCUGGCAAAGCAUUGUAGCAUAUGUUAACAUAGCAAGUUAUUACCUAAUAGGAAUACCUAUUGGAGCUGUGCUCGGUUAUAUCCUCCAUCUUCAAGUUAAAGGUGUUUGGAUUGGAAUGUUGAUUGGAACAUUUCUUCAAACUGUUGUGCUUGUUAUAAUCACGUAUAGAACGGAUUGGGAAAAACAGGUAUCUAUAGCUCGUGCUCGCAUAAGCAAGUGGACUGUAAAAGAUUUCUCAGAUGCCGAGGCUAAUGCACAAGAUGCUUGAGACAUCGCAUUAUUAUUCUUUGUAUGAAGAGAAAAAUAUUAGCCUUAUUUGAUUUAGGGUUUCAUAUUUUUGCAAAAUCUUAAAGCCUAAAGCCUAAACUUGAACUUUUAAUUUGGUCCAAAGGAUGUAAUUGAAAAUUUCUUAGUAUAUAGUUUUAUAUAUUAAA